UGCGUGCCAGGGUCUGAGGAGGUGUUGGGGCAGGAUGCUGAUGUUGCUGCUCCCCAGGAUGUGUGCGGGCUCGGCCCUUCAGCAGGAGUACAGGCAGGAGUACCAGCGCUGCCUGGAGCAGGACUUCCAUCGAGGCCAUGCUGAGACCAGCUCCCACCCCUCCCUGAGCGAGCAGCUGCGGCAGCGGCUGCGGCAGGAGCCAGCAGUGCUGGGGGCCUUGCAGGAGGAUGGCCCCAUCCUGGUGGCCCAUGGCCUGCAGGGCCACCCAGAUCCUGAGCUGGCACUGCAGGGCCUGGCUGCAGCCUUCCAGCUGCUGGAAAGGGCAGCUGUCAACCUCUACCUCUUCCCCUGGCGCAAGGAGUUCAGCACCAUCCAGACCUUCUCUGGUGCCUAUGUGCACUCCCUGCGCCCAGUGCUGCCGGAAGCAGACCUGCUACGGAGCUUCGGCCGGCUGGGCUAUGACCGGUGUGACCAGCACCGCCUGACCGUCCGCCGGCCUCUCCCCGGGCCCGACCUGCUCGCUGCCGCCUGCGGCUUCCUGGCUUGUCGGCUGGAGUGCGAGAUCCUGGCAGAGGUGGUGGCACAGCUGCGGCCACGCCAGCCCCGUGCCAGGGAGCUGCUGGAGGCACGCCGGCUGGCUGGGGCCGUGGAGGCCUGCGUGGAGAUGCUGCAGUGGCUGGGGACACAGCCGGAGGCAGGAGCUGACUGCGGUGAUGACAGCGUGGAUCUCUACCAGGAGAUGCCAACUGGUCCAGACGACAUUGGUGGAGAGGAUGCAGCACCGUGGAGGGACCCUGGGGGCUGCGACCGUUGCGAGUGCAGGCAGGAGCCGGUGCCCUCCACGAACAACCCCAAACUAGACUCCACUUCUCAUUUCUUCCUGGAGCAAGAGCUUGGGGGAGCCAACAGAAGCUCCCAAAUGCUGGGAGAAGCCCCGGAUUCACCUAUCCCCCAGGAAGCCCCUGAGCUACCCUGCUAUCAGCUGCACUCUUGCCUCCGUCGGGGCACGCUGCCCUCCUACUGCUGCACCACCUGCCAGCAGCUCCACGCUGGCACCUGUGCAGCCGGGCUCGUGUGCCGCAGCCAGCACCACGGGCAGGAGCUGCGCAGCGAGCGGCAGCAGCGGCUCUGGCUGCGGCGCACCGAGGUGGACAUGCUGCUGGCCGACAGCUCUGGACCCUGGUCCUAGCACGGCUGGCUGGAAGGGGAUGGGAACGGCUACCAAGCAACCUGAGGGACGCCCAGCUCAGUCCAGCCCCAGUGAUCCCGCUGUAACAGCUUGGUGCAUCUCAGUAAAGCAUG